CGUGUGUGUGCGGAGAAAUAUAUAGGCCUAUUUCCUGGGCUGAUAUUUUUCCAUCACUUAUUAGGAAUGCUUCUCUCCUGGAUUCGGAUGGGUCGGAAUGGUCUGAUAUUCACCAUGUAGAUGUUUCUAUAGAGGACUAUUACGCAAAGAAUGUUUUGCGCUAAACUGACGGAUCUGAAGAUUGCGGGUGAAUGCCCGUUUUCUAUGGUCGUUGGAAAUGAGGAACCCGCGGACUUUGAGGAAAGCAGUGCGGUGAAUGUUUUGCCAGUAUCCAGAGAGGUGCAGGGCACAAACACAAACAUUCUGCCCAGACGCAAAAUAAGCCGGAGCAAAGUUAAUCUGCAUUCACUGGGCGAGAGCAUCCGAAAGCUGGUGUGCCCGGAGUUCGAAAAAUUACGAAAUGCAUUGAUCACAGUUAUGAAACAGCAUAUAGACAUGAGUUGCCCUGUAGCAUGCAGUUCUGAUGUGUCUCAGACAAUGGACAAUGCUGAACAAUUAUCAGAUGUCAUGAGAAACUUCUCCCUUAAAACAGAUAUCCCCAUGGAUACGCUAACGAUUUCUCUGGGUCUGGAGGUGUUUCGGGACUGUUAUGAGGAGGACGGUCAUAUUCUCCGUGUGGUGGGGGGCGCUCUCCAUGAUUUUCUCAACAGCUUCAACGUUCUCUUAAAGCAGAGCACACCACCCACCCCAGAAGUUCAGCGUUACAUCCACCAAGCCUCCAUCCUCUGCCUGGACAAAGAUCCAGGACUCCUAACCGUCUAUUUCUUCAAUCCCCUCCCCACCACCGAGCUCUUCUUCUCGGGUAUCAUCCAGGCGGCGGCGUGUUUGCUCUACUGCACACGGGUGGAAGUCAGAAUGGAUGUUGGGGGUAAAGACAGUGGUGCUCUACAGGCCAAUCAUCAGCCUCAUCUGCUGUACUCAGUAGUAGUGAGAGACAGCAGAAGCCUCACACCAAGCCCCAUGAGGACACACUCAUCUGGAGACAUUCCCCUCUCAUUGCUCUACUCUACUUUUCCCUUCCACAUUCUCUUAGAUCAGGAAAUGAGCCUGAUGCAGAUUGGAGAUGGUUUGAGGAGGAGGCUCGGGCGAUGCAGAGAUGGGCAAAGGAGAACUGUUUUCAACGAGCACUUUGCUAUUGUUUCACCUGAGAUACGAGCCAGCUUCCAGGAUAUUUUAACCAUGCUAAACACCCAGUUUGUGCUCCGGGUGAAACAGCAUGGAGCGAGCUCUGCUGACAGCCCUGGAAAGCAUAUGGACCUGAAGGGGCAGAUGAUCUUCAUGUCAGAAAUGAGCGCUCUCCUCUUCCUCGGCUCUCCAUGUGUAGAUAAGCUGGAGGAGUUGACAGGCCGGGGCCUCUACCUCUCUGACAUCCCCAUCCACAAUGCACUACGAGAUGUUGUUUUGGUUGGGGAGCAGACCAAGGCCCAGGAUGGACUAAAAAAACGUCUGGGUAAAGCCAAAGCUGCCCUGGAACAGGCACACCAAGCCCUGGAAGAAGAGAAGAGGCGAACGGUAGAGCUGCUCUUCACGAUAUUCCCAGGGAACGUCGCUCAGCGUUUGUGGCAGGGACUUCCUGUGCAGGCAAAAAAGUUUGAUCAUGUCACCAUGCUGUUCUCAGAUAUCGUGGGCUUCACUGCGAUCUGCUCACGAUGUACGCCCAUGCAGGUGGUGAACAUGCUCAGUGAGCUCUACACUAGGUUUGAUCACCACUGCGGUGAGCUGGAUGUGUAUAAGGUGGAAACCAUUGGCGAUGCGUACUGUGUAGCUGGAGGCUUACACAAAGAGAGUCCGACCCAUGCUGUCCAGAUUGCUCUCAUGGCUCUAAAGAUGAUGGAAUUGUCUGAUGAGGUCACGACUCCCAUGGGGGAGGUUAUCAAGAUGCGUAUCGGGAUCCACUCUGGCUCGGUUUUGGCUGGUGUAGUCGGUGUUAAAAUGCCCCGCUACUGCCUUUUUGGCAAUAACGUCACAUUAGCCAACAAGUUUGAGUCCUGUAGCCUGCCAAGAAAGAUUAACGUCAGUCCCACCACAUACAGAUUGUUAAAAGAUUGUCCAGAGUUCACUCUCAUCCCCCGGACAAGAGAGGAUCUUCCGCCCAACUUCCCUGCCGACAUCCCUGGAGUUUGUUACUUCCUCCAGGCUCGCGAUCAAAUGACAAGUGCUGCUUCCACUGGCUGUGCUACAGACGAAACUCAACCCAGUGGAUUAAAAACAUAAAAUCUUUAAGACACAAAUGCUGGAAACAGUGGGUUAAUACUGCCUGUCACUCUGUGUAUCUUUUUAGUUGAGCCAGAGGUAGUUUAUCAUCCAACUGUUGAAUGUUGCCAAAAAGCUAUCAAAUAACACUCAUUAGAAGGGGUUCACUGUGCACAGUUUUUGUUCACAGAAGUGUUGGUUUAAAGCCUCAGAUUUUUGUUUGGCAGAACAUCUUGUUUUAAUAAAGUAUUUAGUUUAUUUUGACUUCCUGACUGUAUACCAAAAAUCUAAAAAGCAGAGAAUGUCAUCCACAUUUGUAUUUAUAUUAUUUAAAUGCUACAGAACCAAUAAAGUGAAUCAUUUAUUGUGUAUGGGGCAAUUAGUAUCAAUUCAAUAGUCUGAAUAGAGCACAUUUCAUUGUAGUGCACCACACAGUGAAGGGGAAGAAAAGCACACAGUAAAGGUUCACAUUAGCAGAGUCAGACCACAGUCAUCCUUAAAGUAAACAUUGUGACUUUUUUGUAUUGUAAUAGAUCUGUA